AUGUCCAAUAAGAAACCUCUACUACCUUCCCUAGCUUCUCUAUUGACUCACGAACCUACAACUACCUCAAGUUCUGCUCCAUGCUCUCCAUUCUUUGAAUCAUACAACAAAAAUAGUUUUCGCAGUGAUGAUCAAGGUAUCAUUAGGUUACCACCACUAUCUGCCACUCUAGCCUCUCGUCCAAGAUCAAUCGAAUCCGCCGUCAGACAAUCCUCCAUCUCCUCGGUGGUGUCUGCACCUGCUAGUGUCACAUCCACUAGUUCUUUGACCCAACUAGCUACAACUGAGAACGACCUGAAGACUCCCGCAUCCUCAUUGUCUCACUAUAAGAUCAAUGGUGCAAUUGCUGCCGCCACCACCACUCUUACUACCACUAUGGAAACUCCAUUCCACCAACCUCCUUCCCCAAGACAUAUGAAUCAAAAAUUCUCUGUGAAUACUCCAUCGACUCCAAUGGUGAAGAGCAAGACUCCACGUAGUAGUCGCAGAAAGAUCGAUAUGCUUACACCUUUCACUGCAGUAAAGGCUUCUAUCACGCCUUCUAGUAAAGAAAAGAAACGUGCUUUUGCAUUUAUUACACAUUCUCAGGAGACCUUCGGUGUCAAAGAACCAAAGAUCGAUAAUGCUCCUUUGGCUCGUCGCAAAAGAAGAAGAACUUCCGCACAGGAGCUAAACAUUUUACAAGCUGGGUUUGAAAAUUGUCCUACUCCUGAUAAGAAACAAAGAUUAGAUUUAGCUGAUCGUUGUUCAAUGACUGAAAAAGCUGUUCAAAUUUGGUUCCAAAAUAAAAGACAAGCUGUCAAAAGACAAAGACUUGCAUCAUCUAAAUCAAAUUCUUCUAACGAUAACAAUAACGAUGAUGAAGGGGACUCUGUAAUGGACGAACAAUCUACACCAUUGGCUCCAAAGAAUCCAAUCAAUACAGAUUCUAGUAACGAUGACUUAAGUUUGGUCGACAACUCUAUUCUAAAUCUAUCGAUAUCUUAUCAAAAGAAUCAAACCACACCAACUAGAAAGACCAAGAAUUUCACACCAACAAAACGUUCUUCAACACCAACUAGAGGCAGAGGACAAGCUUUAACAUUCCAUUUAAAGACUGACAAGAAAAUAUUAACUCCAAUGAAGACUUCUCCAAACAAUAAAGUUAAUAAGUUGAUCAAUGGUUACAAUGAUAGUAUCUUAAAUCAACAUCGUCAAAACAACCUUUCUGAAAAUAAAUUCUUGGCAGGUUCCCCAUCUAAAAAGAAUUCAAAGUCCAAAUUAGAAUUUAAAUCUUCUUCAGAACAAACACCACUUAAGGAAAUAAAUACAAACAUUAUCAAGCGUUAA